AUGUCAUCCAAGAAAGCUGUUAUUGCUCUAACUUCUCACAGUGGUCCAUUUUUCGCAGACGGUAAGAAGACAGGCGUCUUUUCUGUGGAAACAUUAUACCCAUACCAUAUCUAUCGCGAUAAUGGUUUUGAAGUUGAUUUUGUAUCAAUUGAUGGUAAAUUUGGUUGGGAUGAUUAUUCUUUGGCUUCUGACUUCUUAUCAGGGAAAGAUUUGGAAGAGUUUAAUGAUAAAACAUCCGAUUUCAAUGUUACUUUGAGGAAUAUUAAGACACCAGAUCAAAUCUUGAAGAAUAUUAACGAUUAUAAGAUCUUUUAUGCUUCUGCUGGUCAUGGUUGUUUAUACGAUUACCCAACUGCAACUGGAUUACAUGAAAUUGCCUCCAAGAUUUACGAAAAUAAUGGUGUUGUUGCAGCUGUUUGUCAUGGACCAGUCAUCUUUGAAGGUAUUAUGGAUUUAAAGACAGGUAAGAAACUAGUGGAAGGUAAAUCAGUUACUGCAUUCACUGAUAUUGGUGAAAAAAUAUUAAAAGUCGAUGAUAUUAUGAAGGACAAAGGUUUCGAUACCCCUGAAACUGCAUUAUGGAAGCUUGGUGCCAAAUACUUAUCACCAAUUGGUCCUUUCGAUGACUAUUCAAUCACUGAUGGUAGAGUCGUUACAGGUGCUAAUCCAGCAUCUGCAUCAUCAACUGCUAUCAGAUCAGUAAACGCUUUGAAAGUUCCAGGUAAAUGA